AUCCCUGGCCAAUUGCCCAGGACUUUGUCGAAUGCGAAGCGCCGGAAGCGUUCAUGGCAUGGUACGGAAAGAUCUCAGUAUUUUUCCGCCAGACACUUAGAUUGCGUACCAUUACGGACGUCCAUGAUUGGCAUAAUACUAUCACGAAGGCAAACACACCAAUGGAGAUCCAACUCAAGGAUUCCGAAACGGGGGUCAUUGAGACGGUCGAGAUGCCAGAUUACAAGCUGAAGGAAUUAAAGUCUGAUGGGAUGGCCAGUCUAACAAGCCUUCCAAACGAGAUCUUACUUUCCAUAGUUGAGAGCUUGUUUCACUCUGAGGAGGGCAUUCCUAUCACGGGUGUCAAUGCUGCCUGGGUUUCACCU